AUGUUCGUCCGACCUGUUCGACGACUUUUAGGACGACCACACGCGAUAUCAUACUUCCAUUCAACCUCUAACUGGUGGGCAUCUAGGAAGGUCGUUAAGAAAUUCAAUCUUGCGGACAUUGGAGAGGGAAUCACUGAAUGCGAGGUCGUGAAGUGGAGCGUUAAACCUCAGGCAACAGUACAGUCUUUUGAUGCUCUGUGCGAGGUCCAGAGCGAUAAAGCCAGCGUGGAGAUCACAAGUCCAUUCGAUGGAGUUGUUAAAGAACUUCUCGUCCAGGAAGGCGAGAUAGCGAAGGUCGGUUCGGGACUGUGUCUUAUUGAGAUCGACGAAGAGGAACCUACAUCCGGAGCUUCCACACAAUCCACAAAGGUGGAAUCAUCAUCUCCAUCGUCGCUGGAGGAGACAGCAAAGCCUGUUGAGACUCUACCUCCGCCACUUCCCUUGUCGGACGCCCCUAGUACGCCGACGCGUCGAUUGCAUCCUCUCGAUCCCAACAAUACACCUCAAAAAAUAUCAUCCAAUCAUGAUCAAGUAUUCGCUGCACCGUCAGUGCGCUAUUUUGCACGUCAGAAUGGCGUUGAUCUUAGCCUACUUGUCCCUGGAAGCGGGAAAGGCGGUCGUAUUGAGAAGAAAGAUGUCGAAGCUGCAAUUGCCGGUCAACGCGAUGCUCCGGAAGAGAGAACACCACAACCUCAACGACAACAAGGGGACGUCGUUGUUGAACUCGGAAGGACGCGUUAUGGCAUGUGGAAGGCCAUGGUAAAGAGUCUGGAGAUUCCACACUUUGGUUAUUCUACAACACUGGAUAUCACGGCUCUACACGAGAUGCUGCCCACACUAAAUGCCCAUAUACCCCCACAUUACCUUCCAGAGAAAUCGAGACCUGUCGUAUCGCAGGCCAUAAGCCCCUCUGCAUUAUACCCAGCUCCAUCUCAUGGACCUAUACCUGACUCUCAGCAAUACUCACGGCUCACUUACCUCCCCAUCCUUGUCAAAACACUCUCAAAAGCCAUGGUUGAAUGGCCUGUUUUCCGCAGUUCGAUCACCACUACGACCGACUCGUCGAAACCGACACUUACUAUCCGACCGAAUGCUGAUAUCAGUGUGGCGCUCUCGACACCGACAGGUCUAUAUUCCCCAACUCUACAGAGCGUUAACACGCACUCCAUAUAUUCCAUUGCCGCACAGCUUAAACACCUAUCUCACCUUGGUCGACAAACUCCCUGCGCGCUGACACCCAAGGAGAUGCCAAAGCGUGGUGGGACAAUCACCAUAUCGAACGUUGGCGCAAUUGGUGCAGGCGACUUUGCGUCGCCUGUGCUUGUGCCUGGAGGUGGAGUGGCGAUUGUGGCUAUUGGGAGAGCUAAGUGGGUUUGGGACGUAGAUCGGGGGGAUGGUACGGGUGAACGGAGACUGAAGCUUGGUGUGAGCUGGAGUGGGGACCAUAGGGUCGUUGAGGGUGCAGAGCUUGCUGCAUUUGUGGAGUGCUGGCGAGGGUAUGUGGAGGUCCCGCAGCGACUUAUCGCUGAAGGGAUUUAG